GGAAAAAAUGGAGUGUAUUUGGUUGUUUAGAUUGUUAGUUUCGAUAUUCCUUUUUUGCCCAAAUGCAUGGGGUGGUUGGUCUUUUUGGAGUGACUGGACGCCGUGUUCUUAUCCCUGUGAGGGAAAAACAAAAUGGAGGAGGCGCCAUUGUAUGACUCAGUUUUGUAAUGGCAACUAUUACGAAUCUGAAUACUGUCGGCCCCAAGACUGCUUACCAGAAACAAAACCCCCAACAGUGGCUUUUCGACAAAAUUUCAAUAAUUCUUACCUCACAAAAGAAACAAAGAGGUAUGUCAAGUCCACAGUUCGGGAAAGGGGAAAUGAAAAUGUUGUGAUUCUGGUAUCUGUUCCCAUUCUAACAGCAUGUGGAGUUUUAUACACGAUCGCUAAAAUCUACAAAAUAAUAAAAAACAGACAAAGGAAAGCCAAAGAAGCUAGAGAAAAUACAAAAGAACAAUGCCAUUCCCCGCCUGCAAUUAAGAUUUCUUCCACAGAAGAGGAAAAAGAAGUACGAAAGUAUGAUUACGUAUCCUAUGACGAUAUAAGUAAACGUAGUUCAUCCAGUAACAGCUCACCUUCUCAUAGCUAUGUCUAUGACGUCACUUGGAACUAA